AUGGUUUGUGCUGAGAAGCUGGAAAGACACAAGAUGUUUCUUCGAGGUACAUUUGGGAUACCCGUUCCGCAGUUGGCAAUCCUCCUGCUAGGAGUGUUGACAGCGGUUACAGCAGAAAAGGUUGAGGGAUCAGAGACUCUAACUCUAGGUCAGAAACUUGCUAGACUGUCUAAUGGGGAGAAACUAUUCGCAUUGUUGGGGUCGCUGUCCCUGAUUUGUUUUUUCGUUGCCACAGGGACAACGUUGGUGUCGCCUAAGGAGAAGAUAAGAUUCACACCAAGUGUCGAACCGCAGAUGCCAAAGCCACGCCCGAAAGCUGUUGUCUACGUUUUUUUAGUUUUAGGCUCCAUAUUUUUGAUCCUAUUCGUCGUUUGCGGUUGUUGCCUAUAUCACGCUGAUGGAAGUGUUACUCUCUGCCAGAAGGGCUGCCUCUGCCUCGGCAUCCUGUUAUUCGUGUGCAGUUUGCUGUUGGUUGUAUUGGAAAUCUUUCUACACACGGAACCAGACAAGGAUGAGGAUGUUGUAAGUGCGUACUACUCGGAAAAUGCGUUCGUUCUUCUAUUCUUAAUCUUUUUUAUCGCAUUCAUUUUCGGUGUGUGCCGCCAGUGUAAUUUCAAGCGACCAUUAAGUACCUGUCAGAUGAUAUUUAUUGUAUUAGGAGUGCUGGUAGCAUUCUCUUUGAUCAUGGCAACUGCAUCCAUAAUCAUUCUACGCGUUACGUUAGCUUCGUACGCUAACUUAAGGAGCAACGAAGCUGAAAGUGAACAAGAAGAAGAAGAAGAAGACACUAGCAAGACGACACACGGCUUAUUUGAGGUAUUCAACUUUUCGUACAAAUCAAUACCCAUAUUUAUCUCCUUGUACUUCAUUUUUACUACAGCAUUACUCUCACUGUCUUGUUACAUGGGUUUCUUUGGACAGCACUUUAACCUAACAGAAGUCGCAUUUGGAACUCUUGGUAUACUCGUAAUCUUAUGCUUCGUCUUGCUUAUAUUAUAUGUAAUCGGCGACUAUCAUGACGAACCCGAAGCGUAUGCCAUUCUUGCUACUCAAUGCGUUCUUCUAAUCCCUUUCCUUUACUGCGGUUACCGGUUGGGUCUUUUUGACUAUGUAACCGCAUUCUUCAAAGGUGGUCGAAUGGUUGGCAAGGCCAACCCCAACAACCUAGUUGGUGAUGUCAGUGGAUCAUCGCGAAAGGUUGUUAAAACAGAGAACUAA